AAACGUCGACACAGCGGUAUAGUAGCAGAUGCAGAGAGCUGCCCAUAUCACUCUAUGAACCAUUUCAUUCAGAUCCCCUUCAGUCUGUUGUUAUGGCUACAAUAAAGGAGGCCUUUACCUUGGUUUCCUUUUUCAGUCUGAUUCAUUGCACAGCAGGAAAUGACUGUGAGGUGUCCUGCACCACAGAUUACAUCUCUCAUUUUAACUGUUCUAAAACAGGAUUGGCAACAGCAGCUUCCUGCCUUGUUGAGGUUAAAUGCAGGAAUGGGGAGGAUCAUAGCAAUGGUAGUUGUGAAAUCAGAAACCCAAAGCACUGGUGCACUAUGAAACUGCAUGACUUGCAUGAUAUAAUACCCAUUGAUACAAACUGCAGCACCAGAGUGAACCAAAUGCAUCAAAAAGAAAUAAAAGAAAGCCAUUGGCCCUUGAUGAGCAUCAUCAAACCUGAACCUCCCUUUAAUAUAAGUCUGGAAGAAAGUAACUUUGAUUUCAAUCUGACAUGGGAAAUGGCUUACACAGACGAAAACAAUUUGCUGUGCAAUUUAUUAAUUUAUCGGGUGAGGCUACGACCACUUAGUAGGAAGGAACCCACAUUUUAUGAGGUGACAGAGGACCGUAGAUCCCAAAUUAUCAAAAAGGAAAAUUUGGUGAAUGGUGACACAUAUGUAAUAGAUGUCCAAGCCACAGUGAAUCCUGUUGCAUUUCAGGCUAUAUGGAGUGAGUGGAGUCACACCACUGAACUGGUGACAGAGGGAUGUGUUUUGGAUAACACCCAAGAAUGGUACUGCCUUUUACUGCUGAUGAUGAUCCCUGCUAUGUUCAUGAUUUGUGCAAAGAUAUGGACAAAUAAACUACAAUUCAACAGCAUCCCAAAUCCUAGGAAUUUCUUUAACCCCCUUUAUCAUUCAUAUGAAGGGGACUUUAAGAGAUGGGUCGGGCCAGUCCUGAUCUUAAGCAGCUUUGACCUCCAGGAGAGGACCCCAUCCCUAAAAGUGAUGUGUGAGAAGAAUAUUGUACCUUCCAACCUACAUGGCAAGAAGACAGAGGACCUCUGCAACAGUGUGAAUAUCCAAGGCUCCAGGUCCUUGCUCUUUCUGCAGGAUCAUAACUUCACUAAUUCCCUUUGCGUAUUGGGAAACACCAUCACUGGCAACAGCUCUGCACAUCACAUCUCCAUUGAUACAGUUACUAUAUCUGAGGAAGAGGUUGCUAAAAAAAUGCCACCAAAGGGAAAUGAAAUAAAAGUCAUCAUGAUAGGGGGAGAUAGCAAUGAGCACUGGUUAAACCAUGUGGAAAACAUUGAUCUUGAACACAUCUCACUGGAUUCAUUUAGCUCCCUUGAGUACUAUGAGGAUGGAUACCCACCUAUGAGACUUGACCUUGACACAGUUGAUAGUGGCUUCCUUGAGUCCAACUGCAGUAGCCCUAUCUUUGACCAGGGUGAACAAAUAGAGACUGACCCACUUAAUACAGGAGAGGUCUCCCAUUCAAGCUAUGUAAAACAGUGGAUUGUGCACACUGUGGAUAGUAAUAGUAGCCAGUGACUCAAGGGUGAGAUAGUGAGCUCUGAUACACAAAGUCAGACAUAGUUGAUUAAGAUUUAGUCUAUCCUUUGUGAAAAUUAAGUAGUGUUUGUGUAAUGUCAUGUAUAUUAAAUAGCCUUAGUGUCAUCUCAAUACACCUAGUAUGGAAUGUAAAGGUUUUUUUGUAGCCUAUACUUCAAGCAUAAUAUGUGUAUGAUACCAGUGGCGGACCAUGGCUAGCAUUUUCAGGUGAAAAUAAACACAGUUUUAUUGAAAUGCA